AUGGACUUGAACAUUUGGGUGGAUGUGCUCGCGGCACCCAUGACGCACCUCGCGCCGUCGCUCGCAGCGCGGUUGACGCUGCAGGUCCUUGCUGCGGUCAAGGAGGUGCAGGAUGCCAUUUGGAUCUGCCACUACGUACGCGCCGACGACGCCUUGGCCAACCUACUCGACCGGCUCUUCACGCAGCAAGCGAUGCACAUGGACCAGGUCACGUUCAUCAUGGACGUGUUUGUGCCGCUUCACGAUGCGUUUGUGGACUCGGACCUUGCGUCGCUGGCGAUGGACCUUGCGAUGCGAAGCGUGCCCGUACUCGCGGCGCGUCUCGCCUUAAUGUCGACCCGCGAGACAUCAACGAUGGCGGCGUGGCCCUGCGACUGCCGCACUUGCACAAAGCUCAAGACGUUUGCGAGAGACCCAGAGCCAAGGACCGAGUGGUUUGUGACGCGCGGGUGCAAGUACCUCACACAAAGAAUGGAAGCCGGCACCGCGUUCCAUUGGUACCCGUCGCACGCCCAAGAUCUGUGCUGGGAAUUGGUCCAUAAACACACGCCAAGUUUGGUCAACAACCCAACGGACCUCGUCACGAAGAUGCACGACGCCAAGGCACGCCUCGAGCGCUCGCUCGCAGCGCCUUUGCAAAACUAA